UCUACGCGUGAAGAAUAGUUUGCCUGGUAAGACGGAUCCUGUCUGCUUCUCGAAGUCAGAAGAAAGUUUCGCCGGUGUGCCUAGCCUUGCUGCUGCAUCUGUUUCAUAUCACGACGUCGCAUACGGGCCGCGUACGAUGCCAAUUUGCCGCCUCCGUUAUUAACGUAGCACCUACAACUCGUAUUUCGCCCCCACCCAUCUGUAUACGCCACCCCGUCUCGAUCGCGCUUUCGACUUUCCGCACUCGACUCCCCAAUGGCGUCUCCGGCCGCAAUCCCGUUCACCUCUGUAGACACGACUACGAGGUUGCCGGCCAAGGAUGAGGUCGAAUCCCCAAGCAUAUCGAGCACGAAUGCGCUCGCCCGCUACGAGUACGAGGCCGGCCAUGCGAAUGCUACAGAAGGCACUAAGAUCCUCAUGGUAGAAUGGGAAGACGAUGACACGACAAGAGGAGUGCGGGGCGACUGGCAUAUCUCGUGGGAUGGCAGCACCCGGGUCUUGCCGGCCAACGACCAGCCUGCUAACGAUGUCAACCGCAUGUAUUUCUUGCUUCCCCCCGGUGUUGCAGUGCCGACUAGUGUCACGCUCACGCUCCGGCCACAGGAUGCUGGCAAAGCACCUGUCGUAUGGCACACCAACCCGCUACCUGCCCUGUUUCCCCCUGAACUAGGAGCAUCGGCGCGCGCGGCGGGCAAGAAAGGCGUCCUGCACACAAUAUGGGCCAAGAAGCGGCUGCAAGUGCUCCAAAAAGAGAUCGAGGCAGAGUCGCGGAACAACGUUGAGGGUAUCGGCCUACUGAUGGUUGUGCAAGAGAAGGAGUGGAUCGAGGGAACCUUUGGUGUCCAUGCCAAACCAACCGGUCUCAGCAUCUCGCUCGCAGAGCCAACAGUAGCACCACUGAACGGCCCCGCCAGUCCACGAUCGCCAGGCGGAGGACGAUUGAUGGACAAGCUCGCUGGCCUUCGCUUGGGUACCAGCGACAGAGACCUCACGCCCAGCGGCAGCACACAGCCGUUCUCAAACCCCCUAUCCCCCGAAUCCUCAGAUAUUGCCAUUUCCUCCUUUGCCGUCUUCAAAGGGGCAAACCCUAACCUCUCCGCGCUCGCCGCAAAGCCCCCGCAGCAGCCCCAGUCCCAGCCUCAGUCCCAAUUUCAAUCCAAUUCUCACCCUCAGCCACCACAAAUAAGCGCACCUGUGCCUCGAAAAGUCGCCGCGCCAAUAUCGCCCCCCUCAUUCGUCACACAGCAACAAUCAACUUCCGGUAUGAUGGGCUCAUUGAACGCGCUGUCGGCUCCCGCUCCGGUAUUUCAGUCUCGAGGUCCUUCCUUGUCGACCGCAAAUGAUGACGAUACGGAUGAGGGGCUGUUCGCAUUGCCGAUUAGUCCCCGUAGUCCAGAGGUGGGAAAGAGUCCAUUUUCGUUCGCUGGGGGUGAUACAAGCAAGUUUUUGAAGGAGGAGAGUGCCGUUUGAGGGUUUCAUAUGACUUUCGUUAGCCCCUGGAUUUUUAUGAUAGCCGGAGAAUUUUAUUUAGUUUGGAGCUUGGAUGGGCGGUCGUCUGCUUUGUUGAUGAAUGAUACCUAGGCGGCUCGCCGCUUGAUAGAAGAGACCCUAUUAGGACGUUGAGAUGAACAUAUCAAUCACUAUCUUUUCUCAAAAUCGACAGGUAGCAGAAUCCAAGCUCAAUAUUGUG